UCCAGAUCAACGGGCGGAACGUGACGUCACGCCGGGGGUUACCAGAAGCGAGUUCUUUGGAACAGGAGAAAGCCGGGAGGAAACUCCGUGUGGAAGAAAAAUGCGUGAAAAGAGAAGAGUUGUUUUGUUUUGUUUUUAAUUCUCGGCUCGCAGGCUGUGUCUUAUCACAACAUGGGGCAGAUGUAGUAUGAUGAUUUGAUAGGCGGAAAAAUUCCUGACGCAGAGCUGAUAACAGGGUAGCAUACUCUGACUGCGAUAUCUCCGUCUACACUGGUGCCACACAAUAACCGAUGGGAAAACGUGAUAAAUGGGAACGUUUUCAACCCGUGACAACAAUCUGGGUUUCGCACGGAGAAGCGUAAGAGCCAUGAAGAAGCCUGAAGUGUAGUACGCAGUGAAUACACAGAAACCUCGGCAGAUAAUGGCAAACAUGGUGCUGAAAAGCCAACACAAAGACCAAGAUGCCUCCCUCAGGCAGUUUCAAGCAACUCCUCAGUGAACAAUGGCCAGGUGGAGCUCUUUUGCAUUCAGACAUGGCUUUGAUCUCGGCAGUAACUUCCACGAUCUUCGACCCCUGGGCACGGGUGCAUCUGGCCUGGUGUUGUCUGCCGUUGAUAGACGAAGUGGGCAACGAGUGGCAGUUAAGAAGCUGGCACUGCGUGACGCCAUGAGCAUUAAACAUGCAUUGCGUGAAGUAAAAAUCACAUGCCGACUUCAACAUGAGAACAUAGUAAGAGUGUUUGAAGCACUGGGCCCCUGUGGCCAGCCAUUACCCCACAACCUCACUCAAGUCACAGAGAUCUAUAUUGUGCAAGAGCUUAUGGAAACAGAUCUGGCCCAGAUAUUGGAGCAGGACCCAUUGCCAGUAGCCCAUGCCACUUUGCUUUUUUACCAGCUUCUGCGAGGACUCAAGUUCAUCCACUCAGCCAAUGUGCUGCACCGUGACCUAAAGCCAGCCAACAUCUUCAUCAACACUGAGCAGAUGCUGCUGAAGAUAGGAGACUUUGGAUUGGCACGCAUUGUUGACCCACACUACUCACACAAGGGCUACCUCUCAGAGGGGAUGGUGACUAAAUGGUAUCGCUCCCCUCGUCUGCUGCUCUUUCCGAACAACUACACCAAGGCCAUCGACAUGUGGGCCGCAGGCUGCAUCCUGGCCGAGAUGCUAACAGGACGCAUGCUUUUUGCAGGUGCCCAUGAGCUGGAGCAGAUGCAGUUAAUACUGGACACAGUGCCAGUGAUUAGGGAGGAGGACAGGAAGGAGUUGCUGAGAGUCAUGCCAUCCUAUGUCAAUCACAACUGGAAGGUCAGGAGAUCACUGCAAGAGCUGCUCCCUGAAGUGGAGGAGGAAGCCAUAGACUUCCUGGAGCAGAUCUUGACUUUCAACCCUGUGGACCGUCUGACAGCAGAAGCAGCUCUGUCUCACUCAUUCCUCAGGCAGUAUUCCUGUCCUCAGGAUGAGCCUGUGUCCCUCCAGCCCUUUCGCAUAGAGGACGAAUUGGAGGACAGCCUGGUGAGCGAACAUGGCCACUGGGACAGUCUGUCUUCAGAUCUGUGCUGGAAGCAGCAGGACGAGUGUGGCAGUACACAAAGCAUGUCAGAAAUGGGAGAGACUGAGGAAGAUGAGGUGCAGAAAGAUCCCAGAGCUAAUUCCACCUCCUUCAUUGAGGAAGCUCUGGUGGAUCCUGGUAAGCACUCUCACAGCAGUUCGGCAGAGCGAUUUCUUGAGCAGUCGCACUCAUCUUUGGACAGACUCUGCGGCCAUUAUAUGGAGCUGGACUGUGGCCGCUCCUGUGACUACAAAGUGGGUUCUCCAUCAUAUUUAGAUAAAAUAGCAUGGAGGGAUGGGAGGCCCCAACACUAUUCUGAGCCAAAGCUGAUUCUGGACUUGUCUAAUUGGAAGCACAACACAUUCACAUCUCCCAAAGGGGGGGAUCCUGAGCAGCUGAAUGCGGAGGAGCCUGCUGAUUUGUUUCAGGAGAUUUCACGUUGGGCAAGCACACAACUGGGCCUUCAUUCUCCCGAUUCACCUCAGGAUCCUCCAAACUCACCAGGGUCUCCCCCUUUACCCAUUUCCCCUACCCUCUUUCCUCAACCACGCACGCCAACCCAGGCACCUUCUAUACUCUACACUUCCGAAGUUCUUCAGCACAGGAGGAGAAGUCCGGCUUCUUUCUUUUCUCCUCCCUCUCUGUUGCCUUCGUCCCCCUCAUCACCCACCCCUUUUCAAAACAACAAAGUCUCGCCAACAGCUAGCAGAGAGGAAGAUUCUCACUUUGACCUGGAUGUGUUCAUCUCACAAGUAAAGCAUGAGAACAAUGUAACUUCUAAGCAGGGUAGCAUUAGCUGUACCUCUAGAAUAUCAGAUCACAAUCCUUUUAGAUCUCAAUCUUCAUCAGAUGUGGUCAAACCUCAUAGUUUGCACAAAGAACAAUGGUAGAAUGAAAGAAUAGUUGAAGAUCUGCUUAGAACGGAGUAACUGAAAACUUGACUUUGUGCUGCUUUUGCAAAGUUUCACUGACAUUUGAUGCAUACCACUGUACGGAACAUUUUUGCCAGACCGUGUUAAGAACAACUCCAAUAAUGUAUGAACCGCUGAGGAAAAAUUGAAGACUCCCCUGCUUUCUCCCUAUGAAUAAGUGUCUUACACACCUCAGUGCAAGGGCAUACUGUAGAAUCCUCAGAUGUUCCAGAAUUCUAAUGCGAGGCCUAAAAUUGAUGAGUGCAGGAUGUUAGUUCACAUUUUAGAGCCAUUUAUGCAGAAAUCCAUAGAAUUCCAAAAAGGGUACACGUUUUCUGUAGAACUGAAAUUAUUCUAAAUGUAGUUUUAAGGUUCUUCCAACAUUACUUAAUUGCAUCUAAAAGGUUUUAUAUAAAAAAAAAAAUCAUGUACUCUGCAUAUGAGCUGCUUUUUAUACAAUUGUAAUCUCCACCUUUGCAAUAGUACCACAGUAAUGCUUUGCUUGAUUACGGUUUCCAAAGCUUUCACCUAAUAAACCUAUACCUUGUAAUAUA